UGCAUAGCUGACAGGGAGCUGCACUGUAAAAGCAGACACAGAGCUGUCUAGGAGGCUGGAAGUUAGAUGAGUUUAUAUUGAAGGUUAGAAAAGGUCAUCUCUUCUAAGUACCACAUCACAUCUGUAGCCUUACUGUUCACCCUCAGCAAAACUAAUUCAUUCAAGACCAUCAAGCAAGUUUACCUUUGUGAUGACCCAAGUAGAGACCAGCAAUAUGUAUAACUACACUUACGAGGAGGAAGUCUAUAUGAACCAAGAAGAUGAAUGGGACCGUGACUUGCUUUUAGAUCCAGCAUGGGAAAAACAGCAAAGAAAGACAUUUACUGCAUGGUGUAAUUCACAUUUGAGGAAAGCAAGCACACAAAUCGAGAACAUUGAAGAUGAUUUCAGGAAUGGCCUUAAGCUUAUGCUUCUUCUAGAAGUCAUUUCAGGAGAGAGGCUUCCAAAACCAGAUAGAGGAAAGAUGCGUUUCCAUAGAAUUGCCAAUGUCAACAAAGCUUUAGAUUUCAUUGCCAGUAAAGGAGUAAAGCUUGUAUCAAUAGGAGCUGAAGAAAUUGUGGAUGGGAAUGUAAAGAUGACAUUGGGCAUGAUAUGGACAAUCAUCCUUCGCUUUGCUAUUCAGGACAUAUCUGUAGAAGAAACAUCUGCAAAAGAAGGGCUGCUUUUAUGGUGUCAGCGGAAAACUGCUCCCUAUCGCAAUGUGAACAUCCAGAACUUCCAUACUAGCUGGAAAGACGGUCUUGGGCUCUGUGCCCUUAUCCACAGACACCGGCCUGAUCUCAUUGACUACUCCAAGCUAAAUAAGGAUGAUCCUGUUGGAAACAUUAACCUUGCAAUGGAUGUGGCAGAGAAAUACCUAGAUAUUCCAAAGAUGUUGGAUGCAGAAGAUAUAGUAAACACAGCUAAACCGGACGAAAGAGCUCUCAUGACCUAUGUGUCGUGUUUUUAUCAUGCAUUCGCUGGAGCUGAGCAGGCAGAAACUGCUGCAAACCGAAUCAGCAAAGUGCUUGCCGUGAAUCAGGAAAAUGAAAAAAUGAUGGAAGAGUAUGAGAGACUUGCAAGUGAGCUUCUAGAAUGGAUACGACGAACGAUUCCAUGGCUGGAAAACCGUACCCCAGAAAAGUCCAUGCAAGCUAUGCUUAAGAAACUGGAGGAUUUCAGAGAUUAUCGUAGAAAACACAAACCCCCCAGGGUUCAAGAGAAAUGUCAAUUGGAGAUCAACUUCAACACAUUGCAGACGAAGCUGAGAAUCAGCAACAGACCUGCAUUCAUGCCCUCUGAAGGCAAGAUGGUAUCAGAUAUUGCAAAUGCUUGGCAACGGCUGGAACAAGGAGAGAAGGGAUACGAGGAAUGGUUGCUUAAUGAACUAAGAAGAUUAGAAAGACUUGAUCACUUGGCUGAGAAAUUUAGGCAAAAGGCUUCAUCACAUGAAUCCUGGACAUCUGGUAAAGAGCAGUUUCUGACACAAAAAGACUAUGAAUCUUCGUCUCUGAUUGAAGUGCGAGCUCUCAUGAGGAAACAUGAAGCUUUUGAGAAUGAGUUGGCUGCCCACCAAGAUCGCGUAGAGCAGAUUGCAGCCAUUGCCCAGGAGCUGAAUGAGCUGAACUACCAUGAUGCAGCCAGAAUUAAUGAGAGAUGUCAGAAUAUAUGUGACCAGUGGGACCGACUUGGAACAUUAACCCAAAAAAGGAGAGAAGUUCUUGAGCGCACAGAGAAACUAUUAGAGACGGUUGACCAUCUUCAUCUAGAGUAUGCAAAGAGAGUGACACCUUUUAAGAUCUGGAUGGAAGGGGCCAUGGAGGAUUUACAGGACAUGUUUAUUGUUCACAGCGUGGAAGAAAUUCAGAAACUAAUUACUUCCCAUGAGCAAUUUAAAGCCACAAUGCCAGAAGCCGAUAGUGAACGACAGGCAAUCCUGGGUAUCCAAAAUGAGGUGGAAAAAGUAAUUCAGAGCUAUAAUAUCAGAAUAUCCUCAGUCAAUCCAUACAGUAAUACUUUGCUUGAAGAAAUCCGUACCAAAUGGGAAAAGGUAAAAAGACUUGUACCACUGAGAGAUCAGUCGCUGCAGGAAGAAUUGACUCGCCAACAGGGGAAUGAACGCUUGCGUCGUCAGUUUGCGGCUCAGGCAAAUGUUAUAGGUCCAUGGAUCCAAAAUAAGAUGGAGGAGAUUGGCCGCUGCUCUAUUGACCUUUCAGGAACACUGGAAGAUCAGAUGAACAAUCUAAAGCAGCAAGAGCACAAUAUUGUGAACUACAAGCACAACAUAGACAAGCUGGAGGGCGAUCACCAGAUGAUUCAAGAAUCACUCAUCUUUGAUAACAAGCACACCAACUAUUCCAUGGAGCAUAUCCGUGUGGGAUGGGAACUCCUGUUGACUACAAUAGCCAGAACCAUAAAUGAGAUUGAGACUCAGAUACUGACACGUGAUGCUAAAGGUAUCACCCAGGAGCAAAUUAAUGAAUUCCGCUCUUCAUUUAAUCACUUUGACAAGAAGAAAAAGGGAAUGAUGGACCAUGAUGAUUUCCGGGCUUGUUUAAUUUCAAUGGGCUAUGAUCUGGGAGAAGCAGAAUUUGCCCGAAUUAUGGUCCUGGUUGAUCCUAAUGGGUCAGGAGUAGUCACUUUCCAAAACUUUAUUGACUUCAUGACAAGAGAAACAGCAGAAACCGAUUCUGCAGAACAAGUAAUUGCGGCAUUUAGAAUUUUGGCCACAGACAAGCCUUAUAUAUUAGCAGAUGAACUUCGUAGAGAACUUCCUCCAGAUCAAGCUCAGUACUGCAUUUCUAAGAUGCCCCCAUACAAAGGACGAGGAGCUGUCCCUGGAGCCCUGGAUUACUCUUGCUUCUCAUCAGCCUUGUAUGGAGAGAGUGAUCUGUAACUGGUUCCAUUGUGAAGUGUGGAGCAAAAGGAAUAGAUUGCAUAAAGAGUUUGCUUGCAGGGUUCAACAGGCUAAAUGUAUGAAAUGCUUUAAGAAUACUUGUGCUUGAAUGUGCAGUGCCACGUGCAAUUUGUCUAAGUUUUUUAGGGGAAGAUUCUGCAUUAUUCAGCUGUGUUAACAACGGUGAUAAUGUAUUUUGGUUCUAUUAUAAAAAACUUCAGCCAAUGAUAUGGCUUGAUUGCAAUGAGUAUUUCAAACAACACAAUGUUUAUUAUGACAGCAUUUUUUUCUUUUGUGUUCAAAAUAAUGGUGAUCUCUAACAUUGUUCAUCAACUAAAGAAUGUAAUCUAGGCCAAUGUUUCUGAACCGCGGUCCUCAAGUACCCUCAACAGUCCAGGUUUUCAUUAUAGCUGAACUAGAGCACAGGUGAAAUAAUCAGCUGAUCAGUAACCAUGGUAACUAACCUGCUCUCACCCAUAGCUGAUUAUUUCACCUAUGCACUAAGUUCAGCUAUAAUAAAAACAUAGCCUGUUAGGGUUACUUGAGGACCGCGGUUGAGAAACACUGAUCUUGGCUGUAUGACAUAUUGCAUCAAUUAAAUGGUUCAUUGUAUCCAUUAAGUCAAUUGGAUAUCCCAUACUUUGUAUGACACUUCAUCAGUUUUGUGGUCCCGCUCCUUCACUGAUAUUAUACAUGCUCCUAGUGGUAAACCAAGUUAGUUGUGUGAUGCAGCUCUGAAAAUCUGCAGUACCGUUGGCUGUCUGUUUUACUAAUCAAAUAAUAAUUGCAAAAUGGGGCUUACUGUAUAUAUCAAUUCUAAAUUGUCCAAACAGUUGUUUCAGUUAGCAAUAAAUUAAACAAUGGAGUGACAAAGCUUUAA